UCUCGAGUCUCGAAAGUUUCGAGUUUCGAGUGACACGCGAGUCUCGCCGUCAUCGGGGGAGUAUUUUUGCUGAGUUGGGCCCCCCUUGUUUACAUCCGGAGGAGUCGCGAAUCGCGUGCCGCCCGUCCCGCUUGUCCUCCCUUGAUGCCUCUCCCGCGUUCGUCACGACUCUCCCAUUCCUAAUCGAGUGUCGCGCAUAUUUUCCCCCCGAGAAAAUCUCACUCGUUGACCACGAGGCGGACGCUUGUCACGUUCAUUCGUUCCCAGGAUUCGUCGCGAUCGCACGAGGCAAGUAUGAAGGUGACAGUAACGACUCUCAGCGACGACAGCGUUUUCGUCCUGGACGUGAGCGAGGAGCUGGAAUUGGAGAAUUUCAAGGCGUUCUGCGAGAUCGAGAGCGGAGUGCCGGCCCACGAAAUCGUCAUCGCGUUCAACGGCCUGCCGCUCAUGGACGACAAGAAGUCCCUGCGCGAUCACGGCAUCCGCGACGGCGACGCCGUUAUCCUGCAGCAUAUGCACCAGAGCGGUAGCGAUUUGAACCUGCAGCCCUUCAACAGAGCCAUUCCAUUACUGGACUUCAGUUCCAUCAGAAUUCCCGACAUCAGCAACGUACAGCGUCAGCAGCCAAUUGCGAAUAACAGAGUACAAAAUCCCCGCAGCGAGGAUGAUCCAGCAUUGAUAAGAAAUAUGUUCCUGGCUAAUCCAGAUCAGUUGGCAUUGUUGAAGCAGAAUAAUCCCAGAUUGGCCGAUGCUUUGCUGUCGGGAAAUCUUGAUAGAUUUUCGACUGUACUCAGAGAGCAGAUAGCCGCUCGCGAAGAACGGCAAGCACAACGAUUAAGAAUGAUGAAUGCAGAUCCGUUUGACACAGAAGCGCAACGAUUGAUCGCCGAAGAGAUUAGACAAAAAAAUAUCGAGGCGAAUAUGGAAGCAGCAAUGGAAUACAAUCCAGAAACUUUCGGCACUGUUGUGAUGUUGUACAUCAAUUGUAAAGUCAAUGGAUUUCCAGUUAAAGCAUUUAUUGAUUCAGGUGCUCAAACAACUAUUAUGUCUGCCGCUUGUGCCGAGAGAUGUCAUAUUAUGCGUCUGGUGGACACAAGGUGGGCUGGGGUCGCCAAGGGCGUCGGAGUUCAACGCAUAAUCGGUCGUAUACACAUGGUGCAAAUACAAAUUGGCAACGAUCAUCUUACAACAUCGUUCAGUGUCCUUGAGGAACAACCUAUGGACAUGUUGUUGGGCUUAGACAUGCUCAAGAGACAUCAAUGUUGCAUAGACUUGAAGAAAAAUGUUUUGAAGAUUGGUACUACGGGCACAGAAACUUCAUUUUUAGCAGAAGGUGAUUUACCUGAAUGUGCAAGAUUAAGUGGGAAUAGUGAUGAAUCGUUAGAUGACAGGGAUCUCCAACGAGCUCUUGAAGAUAGUUCAAGAGACGCGAAGAAACAGAGGCAACAGCAUGACGGGCAAGGUAGUAGUAAUCAAGGCUUGUUAAAUAGACCAGCCGCCUUAGAAACAACAGUCUAUCCACAUGAUCCCUUUACGGAAGCCACUGUAAAGGAACUAGAGGCUUUGGGUUUUACCAGGGCGCAAGUUAUUGCAGAACUGCGUAGAUUUAACGGUGACAAAACGCAAGCUACAGCUGCAUUGUUUGCGAAAUCUUUGAAAUUCUGAAAUCGAAAAUUGUCGCACGCAAUUCGAAUACACAAAUUUUUAGUUAAAGACAGGUAUAGCAAAAUUGUGAAUAUAUUACACGCAAUAAAAAUGAAGGGGACCUACAAUGUUCAAAGCAAUUUUUAAAUAUCAUCUAAAAUCGACAAAAAGUACCAUUGAAUAUACAGCUGAUAAUAGUACUGAAAAAUUUUUAUAGAUUGAGAACGAGUUGAGGAACAUUGUAAGCGAAAAUAUGCGCCUUGAAUUUAAAAUCAUGUGAAACUACAUAAAUUAAACUUAUAUAAAUGAUUCACAAUCGUUAGAGCUAAAAGGAGUUAUAUAUAUGUAUAUAUAUAUAUAUUAAAUAUAUAUAUUCCAAACAUACAAUUUUGCACAGUUUCUUAUACAUGCAUGUAGCGCCUAAGUGAAUUGCGCAUUAUUUCCAAUUAAUAUAGUGAAAUUGAGUAUAUAUACAUAUAUAUAAAUAUAAAAGAGAUAUCAGAUUGUUAUGACCUAAUAUUUAAUAUAAUUAAUUGGAACAUAUGUAGAUUUGCGAUACAUGGUUGAAUGUUAAGAUUUAGUUUGGAUGUUAUAAUCUUAUAAUUGCGACAUAUGUAUAUCAGCUUUUGGAUAAAUAUAAUGAAUAAGAUUUUUCUACACAUCGCAAUAUAUAAAUAUACACAUAUUUAUGUAUAUUUCGCGAUACACUUUAUAAUGUUGCGUUUAAAUGGUAAAUAUGGACAAAAUGUAUAUAUCUAGUAUUAGACUCUAGAUAAAUCGAGCAUGAAAUAUGGGAUAGACAGAUUCUCGCAUGAGAAUUUUAUGCUAUUUGGUAACGUUUAAAAGACUCGACGUUGAAUGCGGCUCAAACUCAGUUCCUCAUUAUUUACUGAAAAAACGCCGGCUGUAC